AUGACAGUGAGACGGUUCGAGUUCUGUCUUGCCUUGCUGGAUUACCAGGAGACACUGCUGAACUUCCAGCAGUUGGUCUUCGAAAGUGUGGAGAACUCGAGCUUAAAGACACUCAGCACAAACAACUGCCGUCUAGUAGCCCUGACCCAGUGCGUUCAGGACUGCGCCGCCCUCUACGACCUUUCGCUCAAGGCCAUGAUUAGACUGCACACAAUGCUGUCGCCGGACAUGCUCACCAACCAUCGUGAGCGUUUCAACAAUCUCUACGUCGCUCUGGAGCGAUUCUUUGUUCGAGCCAACACAUUCCCAUUCAUUCGCGACCUCCUUAAGAUCCCACUGUUGCCCAAUCCAUGCUGUUGGUACCCAACAUCUGUAGUUUCUGCAACCAAACAGACCAGCGAUUUGAUUCACCUAAAGCAGCCUGUUCGCCAGGGGCAGGCGUACGGACUUGGGCACCUCUAG